CCAUCAGUGGCCCUAAAAAGUCUGAACAACAUAGUGGUGGUGAUGGCGUCUUCUUAACACUGGUGUUUUCUGCUGUUAUGGCGCGUUAUCCACCUUAAUAUACCUCACUAGAUAGGACAAAUGAAGAAUGAUUCCCAGCUUGCAGUCUGUAGCUGUUAAACAUGCAAGUUCCCGGCAUCAACACAGAAGAGCCUCAAGUGGCAGUCAGGAUUUAAGGAACCAGACUGUACUACCCAUCCACAUGGCUCAGGAAUGUACCGAGGCUCCAAGAUGGCCUUGUGACUCCGUCUACGUGGCAAAUUAUUUUGAGGAACCUACCUCGAGGCAUGUCGGCGAACAGCCGGGCCUACCGACAGGCCCGAGUAGCAAACUAGCGAGAGUUCGGCUGUGUAAAUCUCCCACUUCUAACCAUGAGUGUAAUAAAUAUUUUGUCAGAACAGCAGGAGGCAUGAGUGUCUCAGUACCCGAAGCAGAGCAUAAACAAACGCCUCUUCCUGCACCACAACUUGAAGAUGGAACUCUGGAGAACAGUGACGUGGCAGUCAGAAUGCCUGCCACUAAGAGCCGGACAAGUCACACCAACAGUUACUUACCAAUCAGUGUGGAACUGAUAGGCGGUAGAGGUCAAACUAGUAUGCCUGGGGAUGGGAACAAGAGCUCUAGCAGCACAAAAGUAAGAAGUCUGCCACCAUCACAUACAUUAGCAAUGUCUGCCUCUUUUAUCAAGUCAUAUUUCAGCUCCGGUCCUGAAAAACAAUCAAAAAGUGCUGGUUCGACUCCAGAGAGCGAGACAUCCGUCAAAACAAAAAUGUUGGGUUUGUGGAAUAAUGUCAAAUAUGGUGAGUGGUAAUGGUCAGUUAUAAUG